AAAGUUGAUUAAGCGACACAUCCGACAUGUUUUGCCAUUUAAUUAAAUAGUUCGUACAAAUAUUUUGAAGCCAAAUGAGUAAACACAUCUGCACUCGUUGGGCCUUCGAUUUGAGCACAUGGACGCCCACGUUGCCUCAAUUGACGCAGGCAGUGGCCGCCAUUCAGCCAGAGGAGCGUACACGUCUACUAAAGUUCCAUUUCAUUGAGGACUUUCUGUCGUCGUUAAUUGGCCGCUUGUUAAUGCGUAAAUAUGUGAGCACGUGCAGUGGGCUCCCCUACCAGCAAGUGCAAUUUGCUCGAGACGUGCGUGGCAAGCCCUACUGGGUGAAGGGGAAAGGACAGGAUCAGACAUCACCAGCACCACCCCUCAGCUUCAAUGUGUCGCAUCAGGGCAGUUUGGUGCUGCUCGCAGGCAUCACCACAGAUAAUGCCAACAGUGACUUUGGCAUCGGAACCGAUGUCAUGAAGGUGGAAUAUGGUGGGGGCAAGCCUUUGAGCGAGUUUUUUCGCCUCAUGCAGAGCAAAUUCUCUGCACACGAAUGGAGCUAUAUUGGUCGGCCGCAGCAUAAUGAACGGGCACAGUUGAAAGCGUUCAUGCGGCACUGGUGCCUAAAGGAGGCAUACGUCAAGGAGCUGGGCGUGGGAAUUACCAUUGAUUUGGAAAAGAUUAGCUUUGCCGUUGAUACCACACAUCCGUUGGAGGAGGCCGCAUCGCCAUUGUGUGGCACAACUUUACGCUUCAACGACACACCCAUGACGAAUUGGCAUUUUGAGGAGCAUUUAUUGUCGCAAAAAUAUUGUGCAGCCAUUGCAUUCCGAAACUGCCAGCCUCACGAGAAGGCCAAAUUUAAAAUUCUACAAUUCGAGGAUUUGAUUGUGCGAUGUGAAGAGGCCGCAGAACAACCAGAUGUGGUGGCCUAUUGCAAGGAGGCGCUUCAAAAGCCACAGAAACGAUAGCAUAUUAAGUUUUGUGUGUCUAUCUUUAAUAAAUAUGUAUUUUUUUAAUACAAA